AUGGAGAAUCUGAGCGACGAAGUCUGGGAUGUGGUCAUAGCCGGCACCGGCAUCCCUCAGUCACUUCUGGCACUAUCUCUGUCGCGUUCCGGCAAAAAAGUCUUGCACGUUGACCGCCACGGCUACUAUGGAGGCAACGAUGCUGGCCUCAGUCUACAAGAUGCGGAAGAUUGGGCGGAAGAUCUGAAGAGCCAUCCAGGCACCGUCUUCAAAGAUGCCUCUAUAUCGAAGCCGUCGGACGGAGUUCUCGGACUGUCGCGAUCAUACACGCUCAGUUUGAACCCUCAAAUCAUCUACGCGCAGUCCAAAUUCCUUCCGACCCUUGUGUCUUCAAGAAUACAUGCCCAACUCGAAUUUCUAGCCGUUGGCUCAUGGUGGGUACAUCGCGAUGGAUCCUUACACAAGAUCCCAAGCACACGCGAGGAUGUCUUCAACGAUGAGUCGCUCUCUAUGAAGGACAAACGUGGCCUCAUGAAAUUCCUGCGCUACGUACUUCAAGAGGGGCAUGAAUCAGCGAUUCCCAUGGAGAACGAAGCCCACAUGUCUCUUCAAAUGGCCCUUGACACCACAUUCAAGGUGCCCCCGUCUCUGCAGUCACCAUUAUUGGCCCUCGCUCUCUCUCCAGUACCAGCAACCUCGAUACCCUUUGACCAGGCUUUGGCCAGAAUACGCAGGCACAUGCGGUCUAUGGGAUAUUUCGGCCCUGGUUUCGGUGCUGUCAUCGCAAAGUAUGGCGGAAACUCAGAGAUAUCACAAGUUGCUUGCAGAGCUGGCGCCGUGGGAGGAGGUGUCUACCUCUUGGGACACGAGCUUCAGUCGUUCGACACUGAUACAGCCGACACAAAUGACCAAAGCAUCGCUCCUUCGUUGCUGCAAGGCGUUCUUUCAGACGGCACUAAGAUCAAGUCACGGUUUCUGGCUGGCACCUUUGACGACUUACCCAAUAUGGACCCAGCAUCGACCAAAGCGAAUUCAGCAAGUGCUGUUUGGAGAUCUAUAAACAUUGUUGCAGAUCCCUUGCCAAGCCUCUUUCCACAAACGUCCGACAAUGGCCCUGUUCCUGCUGUUGCUAUCGUUUUAGUGGACACUGGAGAGGCGGACAACAGUCCGAUCUAUCUACAAAUCCACUCGGAAGAUACAGGAGAAUGCCCAAAUCGUCAAUGUGUCAUCUAUGCUUCCCUGCAAGCUGACGAUUCGUCCUCAAAACAUCGACUCGAAGCUGCUGUGGAAUCUUUCCUCGGAUCCCAGGGCGCCGCAGCGGCAUUGUUAUGGUCUCUAUCAUACACUGCUUCUGCAGCAACGGCAAAUUUCGCCGCUGGCCUCAGCCUUUCAAGACCUCGUCCAUCUAUCUUGGUAUUUCCACCGCAACCAUAUGACAUUGCAUUCUCGGACGACGUCCUUGACGUUGUCAGAGAUGCCUGGAAGACAGUUCUUGGCUCUGACGUCGAAGACGACUCGUUUUUACGCUUCGAGGAGCGAGAGCAUGAGGUUGACGAUUGA